CCAUAGGAUAAAAGGCAGAAGCAGGGGCUGAGCAUUGUGCUGAGGAGAGCCCCGCAGCCACCUCCAGCCCCUCUUGCCAUCCGCUCAGCACCAUGAAGGUCUUCGCAGCUGUCCUGGCCGCUCUCCUCCUCCUGGCUCUCUGCUCCCCAGCUGUGGCCCAUCUUGACAACGCCCUCACCACCUGCUGCUUCAGCUACCAGCAGCGCCCCGUCCCGCGUAGCCUCAUCGCCUCUGCCUACAUCACCAGCACCAGCUGCAGCCAGCCUGGGGUGGUCCUGGUCACCACAAAGGGGAGGGAGAUAUGCGCGGACCCCCAGGCCGCCUGGGUGAAGGCACACCUGAAGCACUUUGAGAAGAAAAACUGACCCUUCCCUGCUGCUGCUGCCCCAAUCACUGCUAACAAAGUCAAAUUACAAAGAUGACGGAGAAGACAUCAAAAUGCUUGUCAAGAGUCAGGGGCUCUGAUGCCUAAAUAAAGUGCUUGGCCUGCAAAA